AUGGUUUCUGUCAAGGGUAAGAAAAAUGCGUUUGAAGGUAACUUCAGGACAAUGGAUUUCAUUCCAACUAUAAGUGAUAGUGAGGAAGAUGUGCCUGAUCUAGAUUCCGAGGAUGAAGUUGUUGUCCAGCCAACCGCUAAGGUUACCGGUAAGAAGAAGAAAGGGAAGAAGCAGAAUGUUGUAGAAGAGACUGAAGAAUCUAAAGAUCUAAAUCCAGAGUUCAAUUUCAAUCUUGAUGGUGAAGAAUUAACAACUAAUUUCCAAGGCUGGGACUUUGCUGGUGAUGAUGAAAAUAAGGAUGAUGUUAAGAAGGAUGUCGAUCUGGAUGGAAUCAUCAAGAGAAAAGGUGGUUUGAUCAACCAAGUUCACAUUGCCAGUGACAAUGAAGAAGAAGAUGAGGAAGAAGAAGAAGCUGGAAAUAAUGAAGAUGAUGAAGAGCUAGCCAUGGAUGGUUUUGGAAUGGGUAUAAACGCAGAAGUUGAGCAGGAAGACGAUGAAGAAGAAGAGAGCAAUGAAAAAGAACCUGAGACUACGAAAGGUUUUAAUGUCUCAAACAAAGGUCUAGCUGAUGUUGAAGAACAAGAAGAUUCAGUAGAAGCUAUGGCGGAUUUCUAUGCUCCCGAGGAAGAAAGUAAAGAAGCUAAGAAGCAAGUGCACACUAACUUCAACACAUUAUCGUUAUCACGUCCUGUUUUGAAGGGUUUGAGUGAUUUGGGCUAUACUAAACCUUCCCCAAUUCAAAGUGCCACUAUUCCAAUCGGUUUGUUGGGUAAGGAUAUCAUUGCAGGUGCCGUCACAGGUUCUGGUAAAACAGCUGCAUUCAUGAUUCCUAUCAUCGAACGUUUAUUAUAUAAACCUGCAAAUAUUGCCUCCACAAGAGUUAUCGUUUUAACUCCAACUCGUGAAUUGGCUAUCCAAGUUAGUGAUGUCGGUAAAAGAAUCGGUAAGUACGUCAACGGAUUGACUUUCGGUUUAGCUGUUGGUGGUUUGAAUUUAAGACAACAAGAACAAGAAUUGAAAACAAGACCAGAUGUUGUUAUUGCUACUCCAGGUAGAUUUAUUGACCAUAUUAGGAAUUCUGCUAGUUUCAACGUCGAUUCGGUAGAAGUUUUAGUCAUAGAUGAAGCCGAUAGAAUGUUGGAAGAUGGUUUCCAAGAGGAAUUAAAUGAGAUCAUGAGUCUAUUGCCAACUAAGAGACAAACAUUACUAUUCUCUGCUACUAUGAAUUCCAAGAUCAAGCAACUUAUAUCUUUGUCGUUGAGAAGACCGGUUAGAAUUAUGAUUAAUCCUCCAAAACAAGCAGCAGCUCGUUUGACUCAAGAAUUUGUUCGUAUUCGUAAGAGAGAUCUGUUGAAACCAGCGUUGUUAUAUUAUUUAAUCAGGAAAUUGGAUUCUUCAAGUCAAAAACGUAUAGUCGUAUUCGUCUCCAGAAAGGAAAUGGCACAUAGAUUAAGAAUUAUUAUGGGUUUAUUAGGUAUGAAAGUUGCAGAAUUGCAUGGUUCUUUAACUCAAGAACAACGUCUGCAAUCUGUCAACCAAUUUAAAUCCUUAGAAGUGCCAGUCCUGAUCUGUACCGAUUUAGCAUCAAGAGGUUUAGAUAUUCCAAAAAUUGAAGUUGUUAUCAACUAUGAUAUGCCAAAAUCAUAUGAAAUUUACUUGCAUAGAGUUGGUCGUACUGCAAGAGCAGGCAGGGAAGGUCGUUCUGUUACGUUUGUUGGUGAAUCUUCUCAAGACAGAAGUAUUGUCAGAAGUGCUAUCAAGAGUGCUGAAGAAGGCGAAAAUCAAAACCAAGUAUUAGGUAGAAAUGUCGAAUGGAAUAAAGUUGAUGAAGUUAGCAAGCUAAUUGAUUCUAAUGGAGAAACCAUUGAUGACAUUUUAGAUGAAGAAAAGCAGGAAAAAGAAAUUUUAAGAGCUGAGAUGGAGCUGCGUAAAGGUGAGAAUCUAAUGAAACACAAGACAGAGAUUCAAGCGAGACCAAGGAGAACCUGGUUCCAAACUGAAGAUGAGAAGAAGAAUGCCAAGAUUAUGGGAACUUUGUCAAAGAACAAGAAGACAAUAAAUAGCAAAAAGAGAAAGAGACAAGAAGCUCUAGAAGACAAGCCUCGUUCAUAUAAAAAGACACAAUCUGAUCGUAAGAUUGAUCAAGAAAGAGCCAUGAAAAAACAAAAGCUGCAUCAGGUAAGAAAAAUAAAGGUAGAAAGGGCAAGAAAUAGUUUCUGUGGUGUUAAGUUUUAUAACCAAAAAUUCUGUAUAACCUUAAAAUCUUAA